ACUGUUUGUCAGGUUUCCCAACUUUAUAUAAUGAGCACUCUGAAUGGUUACACACCCUCCAACUUCUGCUUUUGACAGCACAAAAAUCAAAUCACCAUCAGCUGUCGUCAGUGUGUUGAUUUCUAACAAUGGACAAUUCGAUUCUGAUUAUUCUGGUAAUAAUAUCGCCAGGUGUGUGGAGUGGAGACUGGAGGGUGACUUUGGAAGAUGAGUGUGCUUUAAAAGGGACAUCAGUAGUUAUUAAGUGCGAGUAUGACUAUCCUUUAGGUCAUAUUGUCACUGCAGCCGGCUGGUCUAAAGCCCUGUAUGUAGAUGGCAAUUGGAAGCUGUUUCCCCUUUCACAAAUCUCUUCACCCCCAAACCACUUUACAUAUGUGGGCAACCGUUGGAGUGACUGUAAACUGAAGAUCAAUGAUGUACAACACAGUGAUGAAGGCCAUUACUUUUUUAAUUUUGUGACAACGCUCAACAGAUGGAGAAGUAAAAGAUCUGCUCACUUGUCCGUAAAAGAGUUGACCGCUGUUGUACAGCCGAGCACUGUGACAGAGGGAGACUUUGUCAGAUUGACCUGUGUGUCAGGUUGUCUUACGCCUGUGAACAUUGUCUGGUUCAGAGAUGGACAACGUGUACCAAAUCCAGUCUUCCGGGCCGGGAGAGAGGACGCCGGGAGGUACUACUGUGCCGUCCUGGGACGAGAGACGGCCAGAUCGGCCUCUGUGGCUCUGAGCGUUCAAUAUGCUCCCAGUAAAGUCAAGUUGUCAAUGAGUCCGUCAGUAGUCAAAGGAAGUUCGGUGACUUUCACCUGCAGCAGUGAUGCCGACCCACCUGUGACACAAAGUGGAUACAGCCUGUAUAAAGACGGACACGUUAUCAGUUCAGGACAGACUCACACCAUAUCUGACAUCCAGCCCAGCCACAGGGGACUGUACUCCUGUCAGGCCUGGAAUAAUAUCAGCUGGAGGGGCAUCGCCCUGAUUAACUCUACGGAGGUUCAGCUCGAUGUCCAGUACCGUCCAGAGAACAUUUCCAUUUCAAUGGACCCGCCACAUGUUGUCGAGGGCAGCAGUGUGAAUCUGAGCUGCAGCAGUGCUGCUAACCCUGCAGCAGACAACUACACCUGGUACUGGGCUUCUGUUUCCAGUUCCAGCUCCCUGAUCCAGGUGGGCUCAGGACAGGUGCUGUCUCUCCCCUCUGUGGAGGCGUCCCACACUGGACUCUACCUCUGCCAGGCCAGGAACCCACUGGGGCAAAACAACUCAACUGAGGUGCUCCUCGCAAUAAAGGAAAAGGACCAUGGAAGCCAGUCCCUCCCUAUCUUAGCUGGAUUUGGAGUCUUUGUUUUUGUGACACUUCUUCUACUUCUUCUUUUUUUCUGGCUGAAAAAGAGGACCCGUGCAGAGAAAAAGGAGACUGUGUAUGAUUUGAGGCUCAGCGGGAGAGGCUCGAGCUCUUCGGCCUCUGAACCAUCUAACAGUGUCUAUGCCAACAUCCAUGCCAUGCCAUCUUCUCCUGCGCCUGUUAUUAGUGCUCAGGACACCCCUCCCCAUUCACAGAGGAAGUCACACCAUGAACAUGAUGUCCCCACAUCGUAUGAAGAUGAGGUUACCUACUCAACAGUGACCAUUAAAGCCAGAAACCCCAGUCUUCCACAUCACACAAACAACAGCAGAGUGGCACCAGACUCCAGGUUCAAAGCCGGAGAGAAUGACGACUCUGUGAUCUACGCUUCACUGGCUGAAUCCAGCUGAGUUGGAUUGAAACCUUUAACUCUUUUAAGUGCAGUUUCAUCAUCAUAAAGAAACCUAUGUUAUUAUAUGUUGUCUUGUCAUGUGGUGUCUUGCUGUUAAGAUAGUUGUGAAAAGUCAAAUGCUCAGUCUAUCAGGAGGGAUAGAGAUCUUAAAGCAUCUUUUUUUUUGCUAUACUUCGUAUUUAUAUUAAUUUAUGCUGCUGUUUGUAAUACUUGACUGAAUAACAAUGUUGAAUAUUUUUGAUAUACUAAAGGCAUGGUUGGGGGGGAAUCCUGCAACAUCGGAUUUCUAUCUAUUUCAUUUUGUUGUCUCUAGGAUACUGUAGACUACAGCAAAACAAUUGUUCUUUACUGCAGUCUGUACAGUUGAUAUUAAAAAUGUAUCAAUAAACUGUGAUAUUAUUACACAA